AUGAAAACUCUCGAAUAUUCGAAUACUCGAAUGCUCUCGAAUUCUUUGCUUCUCGGGCGACGUCUUCUGAAAACGGCUCCAGAAUUCUCAGCAACCAUUCGUACUGCUACAUAUUUGACUGCGGAUGGGAAGCCACGUGGACAAUUGUUUCGUCGCAAUUUGGAAAUUGUCAUCGAUCCGAAUGAGAAGUUGAUCGAUGCGUUUAUGGAUGGGUAUGGAAAGCAACGUCUAAACUUCCGUCGUGAAGAUAUCGCAAUGUGGAGAGAAACCUUCAAAGACAACUACCGUCUCGUGUUCACAGUUUUCAAAGGGACAAACACAGUGAUUGCCACAACCCAUGCAAUCACAUUCAAUCCGUUACCAAAUCACAAAGACACCCCACAUCAAUACCUAGGAUUCUACUGGAUUCAUCCAGACUAUCGAGGUGUGGAUAGUAUGAGAAUGACCGAGUAUAUUGUGAAAAAGAAUUCGAAAUGUGUCUCGGACAAUGCCGUCGCUCAGAGCUUCCCAACAAGUUUGAAAUUAUGGGGUAAAAUGUAUGGGCAUCGGAAUUAUGGACACAUUCAAAGUGUUUCCUAUUAUGAAAUGAACGAAAUGAAGGUGCCAGAGGAUUUGGAUACAAGUGGAAUUAUCAUCAAAAAUGCAAGGGAUGUGCCAGAUAAGGAUAUUGUGGAUUACGAUAACACUGUUUUCCCAUAUGAACGGUCCAAAUAUGUGCUUGCGAUUCUCAGAUCACCAAUUGGGUUUGGAAAGGUCGCGUACGACACAUCAGGAAAAGUGAUUGGAUUCGGAACAGUGAUCAUUUAUCCAUCUGGAGAAUGUGUUCUCUCUCCACUAUACGCAGACGAUCAGAGAGUGGCUCAGGCGAUAUUUAAGAAUAUCCUGGAACAAAUUCCAUUGGACGAUAAGAAGUUGUUGAGAUUCCAUGUUAGAUCAGUCGAUAAAAUCGACAAACGCUUUGAAUGGAUCCAACCAUUUCUGAAAUGUCCAGUUCGCAAGGAAGUUUCCGCAUAUUUGACCUAUCAAUCCCACUUACCAACAAUUCACUAUAAAAAAGUGUUUGUGAACUUUCCAUACACUAAUUGUGCAAUUUGA